AUGUCACAAAGGAAAUUACAACAAGAAGUUGAUAAGGUAUUGAAGAAGGUGAAGGAAGGGUUGGAAGAAUAUGAGGAUAUAUAUGAAAAAUUCCAAAACACAGAAUCAGAUAACCAAUCUUACAGGGAAAAGCUUGAAUCCGAUUUGAAACGUGAAAUAAAGAAGUUGCAGAAACAUAGAGAACAGAUCAAGAAUUGGUUGAGCAAAGAUGAUAUCAAGGAUAGAGCAGAUGUGUUGAUGGAGAACCGUAGACUCAUUGAGAGCGGUAUGGAAAGGUUCAAGUCGAUAGAGAAGAUUAUGAAGACGAAAAAGUUCUCGACUGAAGCGUUGACAAAUCCAGAUUUGAUUAAAGAUCCUCGAGAGCUCAAAAAGAGAGACCAAUUUUUGUUCGUCGAGGAGUGUCUCGAAGAGCUUCAGAAACAGCUAGAUACUUUCGAGGUGGAAAACAAUGAAGAACAAAUAGAGAAACAUACUUUCCAUAUCUCAAAUUUGGAGAAUAUUCUAAAACUGUUACAAAAUGACGAUUUGGACCCUGAAACGGUUCAAGAAUUUCAAGAAGACAUCAGAUAUUACGUUGACAACAAUGAUGAUCCGGACUUUGUAGAUUACGACACCAUAUACCAGGAUAUGGGCUGCGAAAUCCAGCCUGAAGAUCUUUUGAAAGAACAGAGCACACCAAGUAAACCAAAGAGAAGCGAACGUUCGCCAAGGAAAAAGGCUUCUCCUGCUCCAUUAAGCCUCAAAUCAAAGACUUCCUCUCCUGAUAUUACCGCCACAUCGAUUGCUAGUGCAGCUCAACCAUCACAUGAGAAUGGGCAAGAACCCACUGCGCCUGCGGCAGUGGCUGCGGCAGUGGCUGCGGCAGUGGCUGCUACUGCUGCCUCAAACGCGGUUACAGAUGCCUCCACCAACGCAUCCUCUUCUAAUAACAAUAAUAAUAAUGUGGAAAAAUCUCCUAACCAAAGCACUGUAUCUAGUGCUACUUCGCCUUCUUCAACAGCCGCUGCUGCUGCCCUUGCUGCUGCUAAUGGCGUAAGUGCAAAUGGGCCUCCAUCUUCAGUGAAUCAAAUUUCAGGUGCCAACCCCGUAGUAAAGAAAGAGAAGGAAUCCACCCCAGCACCGCAGACAGAAGAGCUGCCACCUCCAAAGGAUUUGUCGCAUGAGAUAGAAGAAAUACUCGCAAAGGAUUUGGAAGAUAAGUUAGCAUUCAAGAACCCACUUUUCAAGGAAGAAUUACCAUACUGGCUGGAAACCAAAAAGAAGUUGAUUCAACCACCUAAUGAGAUUGACGAAUUCACUUUAAAGCAUCUAGAGUCAUCAUUACUGAACUGUCCAGACUCUCUUGAUGCUGACACACCUCGUCUGUUCGAGAAUCCUCUAUCUCUACCACAUCCAACAUCUAUUUUCUUUCCACAUGAGCCGAUAAGGUUUAUGGCACAAGACUUACCAGCGAAGGGAGAUGAUUUGUAUGGGAAAAUUUCAGUGGCUAAGAUAAUGUCAAAGUUUGCCCUUGAUACACUGUUUUUCAUUUUCUAUCAUUAUCAGGGAUCUUAUGACCAAUUUUUGGCUAGUAGAGAACUAUCACUCCGUGGAUGGACUUUCAAUAAAGUCAAUCGUUGUUGGUUCCAUAAGGAAGUAGAGAAAUUGCCUCCAGGUAUAGAAGGCAAAGAAGAGGUUACAUGGAGAUACUUUGAUUACCAAAAGGCAUGGUUAUCGAGAAGGUGUGGGCCAGAUUUUGAAUAUAAGGAAGAAGAAUUCGAAAAGUUAUGGUAA